GUACAGGAAGAGAGCAUUUCAAUGACACGGCAUCUGAAAUUAUCUCAGCAGCGUUGAGGGAGGAAUCCAGGGACUCAAUUUAUGCAUUUUUCAGUCAUGCAGCAGAACCAGUAUUGUGGUUGUCCCCAGGUCUUCUGGACAAACAGUAGUGCACUUUCUAGCUCAGACUGUGCUCCUCAAGUGGGACUGUACCAUUCCAGUGGAAUUGUGGCACACCAGGACAUUUGCCUCCCAUUGCCUGUGCCAGAGAGGAAAAGGCAUAGACAGAACUACAGAGAUGGUACAUGCCUUUGUUUCCUGGUGGCAUUUUUGCUGAUUCUACUUGCCCUCAUGGGGGUCGGGCUGGCAAUGUUUCAGAUCUUCCACCUGCAGAAGGAACUCCAAGAGUUUUCCAGCUCUGGACGUGUCCCUCCAUCUCCUGAUCUGCUGAAAGGAGCUCUGAACAGAACAGCAGAAAAGAAAGUCAAGAGGAGUGCACAUUUAACAGGCAAAGCAAAUCAGCAAUCUCAUCCCCUGGAGUGGGAGACUACCUAUGGACACGCCUUCCUCUCUGGGGUUCAGUACAAGAACAGGGGUCUACUGAUUGAUGAAGCUGGGCUCUACUUUGUUUACUCCAAAGUGUUCUUCCGAGGCCGGACCUGCACUUCCCAGCCACUUGACCACAUUGUUUUCAAAAGAAAUCCAUCGUAUCCUGGCAAUCAGGUCCUGAUGGAGGACAGAAAGAUGAACUAUUGUGUGACAAUGCGCAUGUGGGGCAAAAGUAGUUAUUUGGGGUCUCUGUUCAACCUUUCCAGGCAGGACAGUGUGUAUGUGAGUGUCUCUGAACCCACAAUGAUAAAUUUUGAGGAGUCAAACACCUUUUUUGGUUUAUACAUGCUUUAAAAAAACAGGCACUAGUGCUUUCAUCAAGCUGGCUACAGGGACCUUCUAAGCUGUGCGUGGAACAGCUGAACUGGAACUGCUAUGGACUUCCCAUUUGCCUCUACAAAUCUGAACCAAACGUGAUCUUUUUUCUUCCAGAUUGCUUCAAGGCCAAAGCUCUUUAAGGCAUAUAUUAUAUGCCAAGGACCCCAGGAAACCUUCAGCUUCAAACAGAGCCGCAAACUGGUGAUGUGGGAAGUUUCCCAUGGCUUGUGGGGCUGAGUUGUAAAAUGGAAGAAAAGACAUUGUGUCACUUGCACCCUGAAUUAGUUACAGUCCAGUAACCUUUCUUUUCUAAGGUUUUUUAUACUGCUUACCUUCUGAUAGUUCAUUUUUGUGAAGUGUGAAGUGUAUUGAUGUGAAGAUGUAUUUAAUUUCAUGAAGGAAAAGGGGUUUUUUUGCUCCUGGAUUCUUUGAGGACUCACAGGCCAUUUAUUAUUUUAAAAAUGCU